AUGACUUUUGCAAUUAUUUUCUGCUGCUUCGUUGUGGUAAGUGACCUGCAACAAACUAGAUACUAAUCAAAUCUACGUGUGAUUCAGGCGACUUCCGCAAUUCAUCACUUGAUGACACCACUCGAAUUGAAGCAUUUUUUCGGCACAGAAAACAAAGAAAAAAGUAAGAAUGGGCGAAGAAUCUGUGAGAACCACUUCAGGCUUUCCCUUGUCUGCCAUUUUGGCCUGACCUUGUCCAUUAGCUUCGCAGCAUUAAGAAGCAGGGUCUGAAGGUACUGUAGUGAAUGAUUGCAGUUCCGGAAUACUUCUUGGAUUCGCUCGAAAAAAGACGAUCAGAUGUUGAUGACGGCUUCGAAGUGGAUAUCCUUAUCGACGGAGUCAUGGAGACGUUCGUGUUACGCAAUAAACCGCAUCUGUUCUCCGAAGGUUUGCAGUCCGCGCGAAGCCCCGUAUCUUUUGUUAUGCGUGUUAGGCCAGCUUGAUAAAGAGAUUAGAACGGUUUGCGAUGAUAGCUGACAACAUGUUUGCGAAAUAAUAACAUUCGCUUGCCUUACAAUAAUCUUAAAGGUCAAACGCAAUUCGCUUUCAUCUCUCUUUUCAGCGUCCCAUUUGCUACACGGAACUUUUUUCAGGGUUUCACAUGAUGGAUCAAGACAUGGAACUAAUGACGCAUCCACUUAAGGAUUGUGUUUACGAAGGAGAAAGUGCCGUUCGGGAUGGCACACGUAUUGGUCUAGUUGGAUGCGGACACAAUUUGGUAAACUUUCCCAACUUUGUUUUGAUCGUGAUCUUGCCCCAAGAAUGGCACUAUCAAAUCAACUUUCGCUUUUGUUUCCGUACUUCUACGAGGAAGUUUCAACGGGUAGUGGUAGUCUGAACGAGGAAAUAACAGUCGUUGAUUGAUUUGUGAUUAUAGUAAUUUUUGUGAAAAGGUUCUCUCGAAUCUGACUCAAUUACAAUGCAAUCAAACCUCAUCUUUUCUUUUUAGAGUUCAUGAUUUUUGAUCUUUGCCUGAUGCCGUGCCGACAAAGAUUCACAUUAAGUUUCAAAAACCGACAAUUUGCAGAAUGGUAUGGUCAUCACUGAUAAUGGGGAUUAUCAUUUGAUCCAAUCCCAUCAACAAUCUGGUCAACAUGUUAUCCAUAAGAGAAGUCUUGAAUCCAUCGAUCACGAAUGUCAAUUUGGUAGGCAGAAAAGGCGAACGAUGGUGGAACGGACAACUUUAUUGCAGACGCAAGCGAGGAUCCGUAUCCAGAAGACAGAGAAGAAAUUGCCAUGAGAAGCAUGCUCAUGAAGUUAGUGAAAGAUAUUCGGAGGGUUGAGCAUCGGAAAGAUGAACUCGUGGUUGAAUUGGCUGUGUUUGCGGACGAUGCAAUGUGGGAUCACUUUCAGAAAAUUUAUGGAAAAGCAGCAGAAGAAAACAUGCACACAUUUAUUAUGGCGGUAGUGAACAAUGUAAGCAAUCACCGAAGAAUAUGUAAAAAUUUACGCUUAAGAUUGAUGUGCUGUAUACGCAAAGGCUUCUGCAGCCUAGAAUUACCAUCAAAAUUGUCAGAUAUGAAAUUCUAAAGAAUAUUCCAGUAAGUGAAGCUUCAGGUUUGAAGUGUACAGACGAAAUUUCCAGCAAAUUAUGAAUGCCAGAAAACACUCAAACGGUGACGUUGACCGAUUGCUCGACGCAUUUUGUCAGUACCAAAAUGAGAUAAACCCUCCGAAUGACGCUGAUCCUCGACAUUGGGACCAUGCACUUCUGUUCUCUGGGUACGUGAAAUCAAGUUCUUCGGAGAAAUAAAUGUUGUUUGUUUUCAGUUACGAUCUGCAUAGAAAUGGUGUCAAAACAGUGGCUGGAUACGCUCCUGUAAAGGGAAUGUGCAGUGGAGUCCGAUCAUGCACCAUCAAUGAAGGACUCGACUUUGGGAGUGUCUUUGUAGUCACUCAUGAAAUGGGGCAUAGGUAUGGCAGUUUAGAAUAAAUCAGCACUUUUGAUUGGAUUUAAGUCUUGGAAUGUAUCACGAUGGAGACAAUGAAUGUGACUUGAGAUGUUGCAUUAUGAGCCCUUCAGUUGGUAGUGGAAAAACCCAUUGGAGUCAUUGUUCUGUAAAUGAAAUGGCUACUUUUGUUGGAGUAAGUCUUUAUUCAGUCAGUUUCCUUCUAGUUCACAUACUUUUUAGCACCUCGGCGACGACUUCCGGCCUCCAAACUGUCUCCAAGACGUCCCAGUAUCCGAACAAAAGAUGGUGGCAUUCAAAGAAUCCGAGCCACCCGGACAGCUGUUCACUUUGGACGAACAAUGUGAAAUCUUUCAUGGGGAAUGUUGGAAGCACGAAUUGAAAGACGGGCAAACGAUGCAGGUAAAACCCUAUUAUUUUUUCACCAAGUACACCAUAAAGAUUAUUAUCAGAAUGUAUGCCAAAUGGUGUGGUGCGGCAACGGCGAAGGUGUCAUUAGAACGGCGCAUCCGGCUUUGGAAGGCACGUAUUGUGGAUUCGGAAUGGUGAAUGAAAUUUUGAGAAAAAAAAACGUCGCACAUCUGCUGCUACUCCUAUUUUUGUUUCGACCAAUGCUUAUCUUCAGAUGUGUCGUCAAGGACAAUGCGUCGGAUCAAAUCACUUGAUGAGGGUGACUGUCGGCGGUUGGUCUUCGUGGAACGACCGACCAGCACCCACUUGUGGCGGACGGUGUUCGCAGUGUGAGAUAAAGGGACAAAUUCGAAUUAUGCGAAGUAUCAGACAGUGUAACAAUCCAAAGUUGGACGAAUUUAUAGUUUCUGGAAAUGACACACCUGUUUCAGUUCAAACAACGGAGGAGCGCCAUGCCAGGGAGACGAAGCUCGUGGAAUGGUGUGCCAUAAAGAUGUCAGUGGGAAUGGCUUUUUGAAUUUGUUCAUAAGAGGUUCAGGUUUGCAACGGAGACUCAAUUAACAACUACGCAACCCGUGUUUGCAUCCGACUACGUGAUGAGAACGCUAUUCCGAAUACUUUGCUAUCUGGAGAAGGAAUGCAGUUUGAACAAGCAAUGUGCAAGAUUUGGUGUCUUAUUUCUGGAUCGACAAAUAUCCGAACAGUCUCAAACUUCCCAGACGGUACUCCUUGUGGUAGUGGUCAAUAUUGCAUCAAAGGAGAAUGCAGGGUACGCCAAAAACUCAAAACAUCUGAAUUCUCAAUUUUCCAGCCUUUGCUCUGCGGAGCCACUACUCUUGCCUACUCUGAAGCAGAUUGUCCACUGAGGGUUCUGCAGUCGACCACAACGCAAUCACCAGCUCUACCACCAAUGCACUCCGUUGAUCAGUCAGCCACCAAAACCAAUCCGUACAAAGAACAGAAGAAAAGUAAAACUCCAACCCGUAAAACAACAUUCAGCAUAGAGAUUUCAGUUCCUUUCCUUAACGAAUGGUCGGGAUGGUCGGUGUGGUCCGAAUGUGUCACUUAUGACUGCCGUAUGUACCUUUUCUUAAAGAUCUGUUUUAUACUUCUCGAUUUAGACACUCCUGGAGUCAAAGUUCGCGUUCGCAGAUGUUUGGCUGGCGUGUGUGCGGGAGCUCUUCGCGAAAGAGUACCUUGCACAAGACCGUGCACAGGAUCUGAAAAACCACUCACUACUGCUGCCCCUCAGCAAACUUUCCGGAACAGAUUCAUCGCACCACUUCCGAAUCGCCAAACAAAUAUGAUUCUCAGAAAAGUCGAACAGUGAGUUUAAUCAGACAAUGUUGGAUGGACCGUAUUAUGAGCCUAAAACGUAUUCAGAUGGGGACCGUGGUCAGCGUGCAGUGUUACUUGUGGAUCCGGCCAGAAACUGCGCCAACGAAAUAACUGCAUUGGACAAGGUUUGUUUAGAGACAAAACUGUUUGUUCACAUACGGUAUACCCACUUCCAGAAUGCGCUGAAACGGGAACAUGCGUUAUGUCCGCCUGCUCAACAACGCCAGCACCCAAUCUCUGGACCGAAUGGUCCGCUUGGUCCGAGUGCUCGGUCAGUUGCGGAGAAGGUCUUCAGUUCCGAAAAAGAGCCUGCUUCUCCGCUUUCUGUCGUGGGAAAGACAGCGAUGUCAGGAAUUGCUUCGGCCAGGUCUGUUUAUUGCUAACCAAUUCACCCCAAGUCGUGUUUUUCUUGCAGAAAUGUGCAACGACAACAACGUCAAGACCUCUGGUAAACCAGUCCGGACUCUGGACAGGAUGGUCAUCCUGGUCAGCUUGUAGCACAAAAUGUGGAAUUGGACACCGUACCAGAAGGAGAAGAUGCUAUCAAGGCUCCUGUUUGGGUACUUCAUACUCAUUAUUUUUUUCUCGUUUUUUUAAUAGGAAACUUUCAGGAAACGACAACGAGACGGAUAAAUGCGUCGGGUCUCAGUGCUGA